ACGCCCUUCCCCCACUCUAGUCACCCACAAGGCGAAGAAUCAGAUUACCUGUUCCACUCUUAUCAGCGUAAGCAAACCAAGCUCAUAAGAUUGACGAAACUUCGCUAAAGAUGUCUAAGCAACAACCAACUCAGUUUAUAAAUCCAGAAACUCCUGGCUAUGUUGGAUUUGCAAAUCUUCCCAAUCAAGUUCACCGAAAAUCAGUGAAAAAAGGUUUUGAGUUCACACUGAUGGUGGUUGGUGAAUCGGGUCUAGGAAAAUCGACUCUCAUAAACAGCCUAUUCCUGACUGAUCUCUACCCAGAAAGGAUCAUCCCUGGAGCUGCAGAGAAAAUUGAAAGAACUGUCCAAAUUGAGGCUUCGACUGUUGAGAUUGAAGAGCGAGGGGUCAAGCUGCGCCUGACAGUGGUGGACACGCCCGGCUACGGUGACGCCAUUAACUGCAGGGAUUGUUUUAAGACAAUCAUCUCCUACAUUGAUGAACAAUUUGAACGGUACCUACAUGACGAGAGUGGUUUGAACCGACGACACAUCAUUGACAACAGGGUGCACUGUUGCUUCUACUUCAUUUCACCCUUUGGACAUGGACUUAAGCCCUUAGAUGUGGCGUUUAUGAAGGCGAUACACAAUAAGGUGAAUAUUGUGCCUGUCAUCGCAAAAGCAGACACCCUCACUCUGAAGGAACGGGAGCGCUUGAAGAAAAGAAUUCUGGAUGAAAUCGAAGAACAUAACAUCAAAAUCUAUCACUUACCUGAUGCAGAAUCAGAUGAAGAUGAAGAUUUUAAAGAGCAGACUAGACUUCUCAAGGCCAGUAUCCCAUUCUCUGUGGUUGGAUCCAAUCAGUUGAUUGAAGCCAAGGGCAAGAAGGUCAGAGGCCGCCUCUAUCCGUGGGGUGUCGUGGAGGUGGAGAACCCAGAGCACAAUGACUUUCUGAAGCUGAGGACGAUGCUCAUCACUCAUAUGCAGGAUCUCCAGGAGGUGACCCAGGACCUUCACUAUGAAAACUUCCGCUCCGAGAGGCUCAAAAGAGGCGGCAGAAAAGUGGAAAAUGAGGACAUGAAUAAAGACCAGAUCUUGCUGGAAAAGGAAGCUGAGCUUCGCCGCAUGCAGGAGAUGAUUGCAAGGAUGCAGGCACAGAUGCAGAUGCAGAUGCAGGGUGGGGACGGCGACAGUGGGGUUCACGGGCACCACGUGUAAGAAAACACAUGGCAAGAUAAAACAUUCGGAUGAGUAACAGAGCUGCGUGUUUUCAGGAGAUCGUUGAAGGGUGCCCGUCCACAUUUUACAGUACCUGUGCCUGAGAAUUUAAUUUUUUUUCAACUUUUGAUGUGUUAUUUUGUAUGAAGUACUUUUAACAUUUGUAUUUCAUUGCUAUGUUAUACUUUAUAUUUUGUGAGGUGAACUUCCAUUUUCAUUUUUCUUCCACCUUUACUAACCACUAAUGUUAGCAUGUAUAGUUAAUAUUGAAUUUUUUUUAUUUGGCUGGCCUGACUAAUCGUUGAGGAGCACUCUUGAUUUUUUCUAGAACAUUCAGAUUUACCCAGAAUGUUCCUGAGUGGUAGAGACACGGACCUAGUGAUACAGACCUGGUGCAAGGCCAUUUAUUCACCAAGUUGCACCAUGUGGAGAUUCUUCACUUCUUUGCUUUUGUUGGAGCACAACACCUAAAACCAGUUUUGCUGCUGUAAUUCAAUACUGUUCAUUCAUCUGCACAUUUAUCUGUUUACCAAAUGAAACAGAAUCGAAUUAUCUAAUGAGAUAUAUGUUUAUACUUAACUUUUU